GCACUCUGCCAUGCCAGCUGCACUCUGGCCUCGCCAAAUCUAUGUUCCAAUUUUGACUUCAGCCAAUGCAUGUGAGGAGAGGGUCCGGUCCGUCCAUCAACGAAAGAUGGAGGGUUGGUGACUGCUUUAAUGUUAUCUUCCUUGCUGCCUUUGCUUCCAAAGAGAGCCACUUUGUCAUGUAGUUGACAAAUCGGCAACGGCGGACUUCGUCCAUGGAUGCGACUGAUGCGCUCGCUCCAUCCAUGCUUUUAAGGUCGUCCGCUAGCAGCUCGCUGUUCACAACACCCGCUCAAUGGAGAAGCAAAGGAAGAAGAUAUUUGCAGGGCGGGUUGCCGCUGGAGUCUUCGUCCUCAUUGUCAUAGUGGUGAUCCUGUCUUUCAGUUCCAUGAGCCAGCUGGAACACCAGGCUUUACUGAACGCGGGCCUUGCCGUCAUCGGCAAGUUCUCCGCUCAAGCCUCCCCACCGACGGCGCACCCCUCCAACAGAACCAAACCGCCACCUGCCUUCCGCCUUCUCAUCGGAAUCCUUUCCGUGCCCCAGAAGUACGAGCGUCGAAACCUCCUCCGCCUCGUCUACGGCCUCCAGACGCCAAAGAUCGCCCGCAUCGACGUCAAGUUCGUCUUCUGCAACCUCACGAACGAGGAGCACCGCGCGUUCAUCGCGCUCGAGAUCAAGCGCUACGACGACAUCAUCAUCCUCAACUGCACGGAGAACAUGAACAGCGGCAAGACCUACACCUACUUCUCGAGCCUGCCGGACCUUUUCGGAUCACCGCCGGGCACCCGUCCGCCACCUUACGACUACGUGAUGAAGGUGGACGACGAUACCUUUGUCCGGCUGGCCGGCCUGGAGGAGACCCUAAAAGAUGCGGCUAGAGAAGAUCUGUACUACGGCUUCCUGGCUCCCUGCGAUAACGUGGACACCUUGAAGCCCGGCUACAUGUCAGGCAUGGGCUAUGUACUGUCAUGGGACCUGGGGGAGUGGAUCAGGAGCUCCAGCUACGCCCAGAACCACAAGGUUGGUCAUGAGGACCUGCUGGUAGGCGACUGGUUCAGAGCUGGUAAGGUGGCCAAGAACAGAUACAACAACAAGCCUUCUAUGUAUGACUUCCCCGGCGCUAUGGGCCCAGAGCAUACCUGCUCCCAUGACUUCAUUCCCGGCACCGUCGCCGUCCACCGGGUGAAGAGCAACCGGGACUGGAUGCUGGUGCUCUCCUACUUCAACUACACCAAGGACGUCAAACCAUCUUCACUUUACCAUAUCCCUUAA